AGUUUUUAAAUUGAGCAAGGGACGACGUCUUCCCGGACUCCAUUUCCCAAGGGCCCCCGCGCGAAGGGGAGGGCAGGAGCUUGGCAGGGCUGUGUUCUCCCUGGGAGACGGCGUCGCCUUCUCCUCCCACAGAGCUGGGCGCGCCGCCGCGGGGAUUUGCUGUGGAAAUCUAGGUUUUCAACAUGAAUAAAGAUGCACAGAUGAGAGCAACUAUUAACCAAAAACUAAUAGAAACAGGAGAGCGAGAACGCCUUAAAGAGCUGCUGAGAGCCAAAUUAAUUGAAUGUGGCUGGAAGGAUCAGUUGAAGGCACACUGUAAAGAUGUAAUCAAAGAAAAGGGGUUAGAGCAUGUUACUGUUGAUGACUUGGUGGCAGAAAUCACUCCCAAAGGUAGAGCCUUGGUACCGGACAGUGUAAAGAAAGAACUCCUACAAAGAAUAAGAACCUUCCUUGCCCAGCAUGCCAGUCUUUAAGAUUGUCAUUAAUUCUGAGUACCGUAUCUUUGUGUUUCUGUAUUAUGUAAGUCAUGCCAGAAAUUGGAAUACAUUUUUCAUGUUUUAGAAUUUAAGUUCAUUUUUGUAUGAUUAGUUACAAGUUUUUCAUUACGCUGCAUUAAUUUCUUAAACUUGCUGUUUUAAUUAAAAAAAAAAACUUUU